AUGGAUUCAUUUGAGGCAAGUGCCCAAUUUUCACAGAUACUACGUACACUAGUGCCUUCUUUGCCUAGCUUAACGAAGGCUGCACAUUUUGCUUUGAAAAAUGCCGAGAGCGAGGACUUUUUAUUCCCAUCUAUGAUGGAUAUAUUGAACGAUAACACGGUGGAAAUAAAUACGAAGUCAACGAUAUUUCAAUUCAUAGAGGUUUUGAUUAACGAAUCAUUUGCGGUAUCACAGCAGUCCAAAUCACACUACAGCUUUCCGUACAUUCAGAAUUUAAAGCAAUCGCUUCCAGCAAUCAUAUAUUCUGUAUUACCAGACGCCAAUAAUGCCAAUUUGUUCAAUGUUUAUCAGAGCUUAAAAAGUAUUUCAAAAGUGUUCAAGAUAAACUGUGACGAGUACGAUAAGAAAUUUAAUUCGAAUUUAAUAGACAGCGACGACUUGGUGAAUCUUGAUAAAGAUAUACCAUUUCCCAAGAUUGAGCUUGGGGAUAUAGUUGUGGAAGAAAAUGAUUCUUUAAUAGCUGCAUGGUCCCUUUUAAUCAGCAAAAAGAAACAGAGCCAGUACGAGAGACUUAGGUUAUUGAAACAUUCGAAAAUGAUCCAAGAACCCGUCGAUGAAGACCAAAUGUUUGCCCUUAAGGAUAAAAAUGACGAGUCUAAAGACUUGUUAUCCAAAAAGCAGAUCCUUAUGAGGAUGGAGGACGACAGAGAAGUUCAUAAAAGAUCGAAGGAGACAUUGUGGAUGGUAAAUAGACCAAAAGAAUCUAGUUUCAUAACAGAAAAUGAGUUUCUUGAGUAUUACUGGAAGAAACAUCAUAAAUUGAACCCUGAAGAGGACCAAGCUUUAUUAGAAUCUCUUGAUGUGUUGAAUGAAACAGUCGCAAAAAGCUACAAGGAUAAACAAUUUUAA